AUUCAUGUUUGAUCGAGGGUUUCUCUACGGACCGCCCCCGCAGAGUGCUAGUCUGGGGUGGAGAUGGUGUCACGUGAUCGCGGCGACCGACUAUCUACUCGUUUCAGGACGAGCUCGAGCAGGGAAGGCUGAGGACAACAAACAGGAUUAGUGAGGAGAAGAAAAUAAUAAUAAUAAUUUAAAAUAAACAAAACCGUUACAGCGGGGAUAUAACGUACACCUGGACACAAAACAACGAUAAUAAGAAGGAACCCUGAAGGUUUGCAGCAUCUAGACUAAUGUCAUCCCAGGAGAAAGGCUACAUGGUUCCAGGCGAGAACAACCCCCUCCAGAACUCCGUUUUUGGCUUCCAGCAGCCAGGUGGUUUUGGGGCGCCUCCACCCGGCUAUGGGCAGCCCCCACCAUCUUAUGGGGGGCCAACACCCACAUAUGGGGGCCCCGGGUUUGCCCCCGAAGCUUUUGGCCAGCCAGCUUUCCCGCAGGGGGCCCCAGGCUUCGGACAGCCCCCCUACCCCGGCCAGCAGCCUCCAUUUCCCCAGAUGCCCUUUCCCCAGAUGCCCUUUCCACAAAUGCCCUUUCCCCAAGGACCCUCUCCCUACCAACAAGGACCACAUCAGCCAGGAUUCCAGCCCAAAGGGCCUUCCCAUACUGAUGAUCCAUCUGUUCCUCUAAACAGUCCUGGAUACCACCAGGAAGACAUUCCCCCAUCGUACUACGACAAUGAAGACUUCACCCCCUCAAACUUGGAAGACAAGAUCAUUCGGCAGGCUUUUAUCCGCAAGGUGUUCAUGGUGUUGACUUUGCAGCUCAUGGUAACCUUUUCAUUUGUGGCCGUGUUCACGUUUGUGCAUGAAGCGAAGCAGUUUGUGCACCAUUAUCCCUGGACCUACUACGUGUCCUACGCAAUCUUCUUUGUAUCUCUCAUUGUGAUCAGCUGCUGUGGGGACUUCAGACGCAAGCACCCAUGGAACCUUAUUGCCCUGUCUAUUCUGACCCUAAGCAUGUCCUACAUGGUGGGGAUGAUUGCCAGCUUCUACGACACAGACUCUGUGGUAAUGGCAGUGGGGAUCACUGCUGUGGUCUGCUUUACUGUGGUCCUGUUCUCUCUGCAGUCAAAAUACGACUUCACCUCCUGUCGAGGUGUGCUGUUCGUGUGCCUCAUUGUGCUGAUCCUCUUCUCCAUUCUGUGCAUCUUCAUCCGGAACCGUAUCCUGCACAUUGUCUAUGCCUCGGUGGGAGCCCUUCUCUUCACUUGUUUCCUGGCUGUGGACACCCAGAUGCUCCUUGGAAACAAGCAGCUAGCUCUGAGCCCUGAGGAAUACAUCUUUGCUGCCCUCAAUCUCUACACAGACAUCAUCAAUAUUUUCCUGUACAUUCUGGCCAUCAUUGGCAGGGCCCGGGAGUGAGAGACGCAGGAAAGAUAAAAUGCUUUGUAAGAAGUAACAGAAGCAGAUGCAAUACCCUACUUACUUUUCUCUGAACACUCACUAUGUUUAAUCUGUAUGCACAGAGCGAUUUUUCUCUUUUUUUUCACAUUUGGUUAUUCAUUUUAUAGCGGUUUUCUACUUAGUGUUGUGUAUUAAAGAUAUAGUGAUCCUUGAUAGAAACCAUGUGUGAAAAUAUUUUUUCUUUACAAAACAUCUGUUUCCUUUCCCACCAGGGUUUUUAGUUCUUUCAUUAAUGUAAAGGUAUGUGAGCAGCUUUGUCCUGUCCUCUGACUCGCAAAACUCCAUGUACCUAACGUUCUUCUUUCACUAAACUGUGUUCAGAUGUCUGCUGAUUCAUAUGGUUGCUAGUGUUUGACACAGUUUCUAUUGCGAGUCUUGCGUUUUUAAAACACCGUAUUCACUUCCCACUCUGCUGCUAUGAGUUCAUUAUUUAGUAACAGCUGAUUUUAAAUAUCAAGACUUUUUUCAGUUUUGCUGUGAUAAGCUUGCUUCUUAUGUCGCGUUGUAAAAAGACGACCAAGGCACAGGUUGAAACUGUGUAAAAUGCUAGUAACCAACGCUGAAGUCAGUGUUUGCACAAAUGACUGCAGUAUCUCCCCUCGGCUAGCUGAACCCUCCCAGUUAACUUAUUUCUGCAAUGCUAAAAAUGCAUGACAAAUUAAAAGAGAAGUUUUAAAAAAGUGAACUCAAAAAGUAAGCAAGCCCUGUUCUAGAUGUACUAAAUGCAUUGUAAUAGGUUGUAUUAUUAUAACGAUAUACGCUUCCAAUAAUAAAAAUAGCAUUAUAUCCCCGGCCGGUGCUCGUGUUAUUGCGAGAAUAUUUCCUUUGACUGACUGCCCUGUGUGGUUAUUAUGUUCCUGCUUUGAGAAUAUUCCAGUUUUGACGUGCAGUCUGUGCACAAGUUCACUGUGGAAGAUAGUGUGCUUCACAGAAUGUACGAAGAUGAAUCUGCUGUACAUCAGAGUCCUUGUCAGUGUCAUUGUCCAUCAUAUUAUUAUUAUCUGUUUAUUUAGCAGACGCCUUUAUCCAAGGCGACUUACAGAGACUCGGGUGUGUGAACUAUGCAUCAGCUGCAGAGUCACUUACAAUUACGUCUCACCCGGAAGACAGAGCACAAGGAGGUUAAGUGACUUGCUCAGGGUCACACAGUGAGUCAGUGGCUGAGGGGGGAUUUGAACCGGGGACCUUCUGGUUACUAGCCCUUUUCUUUAACACAGGAAUAGGUGCCCUUGCAGUGUAUGACUAAAACCUGGCGCUUUAUGAAGCUGCUCUGGAUUUAUCGUUAUUUAUUUAAAGGAAGGAUAGUUAAGAAUCGGUGCUAAUACCACAAUGUCCGCGAAAUAAAAACAAAUAAUGCUAACUGCAAAAGUAAUUAGAAAAUAUCAUUUUCUAUCGAGUCUUCCUUUUCACUUUUGUUUGUUUGCGUUUGUUUUUAAAAUAAUAUAACCAUCAUAACGUGUACUAGAAGGCGUAAUGGACGUAUGAGUUAUUCUCAAAGGGCAGGCUCUUAAGUGUCACAAAAUCCGCGUGUUCAGAUUCCUUUACGUACUCUUUUGAAUUGCUCAGCACACACUCUUAUCUCGGGAGACGUUAGGAGGACAGAGAUGUUAUUACUCCUAGUGGGAUAUAGUUCGUGCUCUGGACCCGCAGUAUAUACCCAGCUCCUGGUCCAGGCCCUGGUACUCUCCCGCCUAGACUACUGCAACUCCCUCCUGGCUGGCCUCCCUGCGUCCGCCACCCGUCCGCUCCAGCUCAUCCAGAACUCUGCUGCCCGCCUGGUGUUCUCUCUGCCUCGCUUCGCCCACGCUACUCCACUACUCCGCUCGCUCCACUGGCUCCCGAUCACUGCUCACAUCCAGUUCAAGACUCUUGUACUAGCCUACAGAUGCCUUGACCAGACUGCACCAAGCUACCUCCAGACCCUCAUCUCUCCCUACACCCCCACUCGACCUCUCCGCUCCGCCUGCACUAGAAGACUAGCUCUACCUCCGCUACGCUCCCCUACCUCCAGAGCCCGCUCCUUCUCCACCCUUGCUCCGCAGUGGUGGAAUGACCUUCCUACAGAUGUCAGGACUGCCCAGUCCCUGACCACAUUCCGGCGCCUCCUUAAGACUCACCUCUUCAAACAGCACCUGUAGAACUCCUCUGUUUGUAUCCUGGGACACUAUCACCCUUCAUGUAAAUGUGCUUUAUUUUGCUCUUAUCUGCCCCCUAUUUUACUGCAUCUAAUCCUGUACUUCAGAAUACUGUAAUCUGCCAAGUGUUUAACCUGUAGUACUUUGUAUUUAAUCACAUCUUGAUGUAACUAUCACUAUUUAAUCAUAUCCUGAUGUAACUAUCACUAUUAUCUGCUGUAUUAUUGAAUUUUGGUUUGUCACACUUGUACUUUGCUUGAACAAAAGUUAUUGUAUUUCUUGCUCUUAUUGUAUUGUAUCGUAUUGUAACACUUGAAAUGUAUUUGCUUACAAUUGUAAGUCGCCCUGGAUAAGGGCGUCUGCUAAUAAAUAAAUAAAUAAUAAUAAUAAUAAUAAUAAUAAUAAUAAUAAUAAUAAUAUCCAGAUGACUAAUAUAGAACUCAAGAAAUUGACAGACUCAUGUAUUUAAAGUUUUUUACGAAUCGGAGUAUGAUUAGUACUCGUUCGGUUUAUUAACGGUUAAAUAUUGGAUAGAGUAGCUACAGGCUACGUCGUAUCCCCAGCUGACAGACACACUGGGCAGUCCAGUGUCUUAACAGAUAUCAACGUUAACACUUUAAUACAUGUAUAUAUGUGUUAAUCAAGGCCGACAAGCAGGCCAAGAGCAUGUCACCUAAAGUACCCAAUGGUCUAUUUCAACACAUUCAACAAAACUCUCAUUUCUAAAACACAGCGUGAGUCCCUUAUCGCAAUACAUGCAAUACAUGUGAGAUAAAAUAAUAAUAAUUGCUUAAUGCUUACCCUUUAAUAUAAAUCGUAAAAGGAUAUGGCUGUCUUCACCAGGCAAAUGAAAGUGAAUUCAAUCAGCUCAAUUGUGUCGGUUUGCAAAAGAUGGACCACCUUGCCCUGUCUGGGAUGAGUGUGGUACUCCAUUGAAAUUACUCUGGAGUUUUAUAGGUUUUUUGUCUCAUUGGAAUACAUGGGACGCCUCAAUUAAAUCCAAUCAUUAAUCAGGUGGGACAGUUCUUAUCCAUUUUACAAAUAAUAGUUUUCAAAAGAUCCGGACUAACUUUUCAGAAUUAAUAGGGGUCAUGUACUCAAUAAAUUCAAAACUUCACACUUGUUUCAACUCUUAUGAUCUCAUUUCUUUGCUUUCCUCCGAGCCCCUCCUUUAUCUGAAAUGUUAAGUGAACCAAGGUUCCCAGGAUCUUGGUUUAUAAUAUAAUAUAAAAACACUACUGCAUGCAAAACACUAAUUUUAUAUGUGUUAUAUAUGAGAGAUGUUCUUAAUAUGUGACAUCAUCUUCUAAGUGAUUAUAUUAUGCUAAAUUAAAGGUAUGUGUUUCUUUUGACUUCA